AUGCUUAAUGCAGCCACAGGGUGGAGUGAUUUGGUAUCAACCCUCAACAGACCCUCAAAAUUCUGUGAAACUGCUGCAAAUCCAGCCAGAGCUGCUGAAAAAUCAAGGGAGACCAGUUUAGAGGUGAAAGAGAAUAGAGAAGUGAUUGGGAUUCGUGACUUUUUCAGCAGAUAUCAGCCAUCAGCAGUUUGUGCUGUUUCCUCCAAACUUGAGCAGAGAAAUCCAUCGUUUCUGUUUGGGAAAGGUCGGUGGUGUUUCCAGAAGCAGCCAUGUUGUAAAACAUCAGCCUGGACAGAGUCUCAGAGGAACGCAGUGGUGCAGCUCAACCAGUUACGACCCGGCUUGCAGUAUCAGGUCGAGUCUAAAAGCGGCCCUCUGCACGCCCCGGUGUUCUCUGUGGGAGUGGAGGUUGACGGUUUCCACUUUGAGGGUCAGGGAGCUUCAAAAAAGCAGGCAAAGAUGAGAGCAGCUGAGCUGGCUCUGCAGUCCUUCAUCCAGUUCCCGAACUUCUCUCAGACUCACACCGUCAUGGAGAACUUUGAUUUCACUGCAGAUUCUUUCCUAGCAGAGUUCGAACCGUCGCUGCUUGAAAACUGUAAUUUCUUGCACAACAAGACGACAAAGACGGAAAUGUUUCCCAACGUCAACAAGAACAGAAAAACUCGUAAUUUCACCCUGGACUUAGUUUCCUCAGCAAGUCCAAAAGGGCAGCUGAAUCCGGUGGCGAUGCUCAACGAGCUGCGACCGGGACUCAGAUACCUGUGUCAGGUGGAGAGAGUCCACGGUACGCCAGUGAGGAACUUCAUCAUGGUGGUCAGACUGGAAGGGAAGGUGUUUGAAGGUUGCGCUCACAGUAAAAAUCAGGCCAAGAUUCAGGCGGCGGCUGCAGCCCUUCAGGCUCUUUACAGCAUAAACCUGAAGCCAGAGAGGAAACUGAUCACCCUGCCUGGAGGCAGGACCGAAUGUCAGCUACCUCAGUGUCCGUCAGGCAGCGUGACGCAUUGA